AUGAACGAACAUCUACGAAAGAUAUCAAAUAAAGAGCUUCAUACACACUAUCUUGGCAAAGAUAUACAAAAUGAACUUAUUCAACUGUUAGGAAAUGCUAUUAAGAAAGAAAUCAUACAAACAGCAAAUGCAAUGAAAUAUUUUUCAACAGUUCUCGAUGGUACUCCUGACUGUAGCCAUGUUGAGCAAAUGACAAUAAUUAUUCGUUUUGUUAAAGUUGAUUCAUUGAAAAAGGAGUUUAGUAUCAAAGAACAUUUUUUAGGCUUUGUACCUUUAAAGAAAACAACUGGAGCCUAUAUGGCAGAAACGAUAAUACAACAACUAGAAGAAAUGGAGUUACCUAUUGAUAAUUUACGUGGCCAAGGCUACGAUAAUGGCGCAAAUAUGAUAGCUACAAGUUUUUUUGAUAUUGUCCAACGUGUGUAUGUAUAUUUUUCGUCUUCAACACAUCGGUGGGUAGUUUUCACUAGUCAUCAACCUACGUUAACUGUUAAACCUCUAAGUGAAACAAGAUGGGAAAGCAGAAUAGGUGCUAUAAAGCCUUUGCGAUAUGAACUUGGUAAAAUAUAUGAUGCACUGCUAGAAAUAGCUGAUGAUACUUCUCUAACUGGAUCCUCAGGAAGCACUGCACGCAGUGAUGCUAAAGCACUUGCGAAUAGUGUUGCAAAGUUUAAGUUCGUGGUUUCAAUUGUUGUAUGGUACAACAUACUUUUUGAAAUCAAUAUAACAAGUAAGCAGCUCUAA